AUGAGGAUAGUUGUCAAGGACUUACCGUUGUCCACAACCAAGGAAGAAAUUGAAAAGGAGUUUUCUAAGCAUGGAAGGAUAACAGAUGUGUUUAUGGCAAGAAACGGGCAAGGGAGGUUCCGAAGAAUAUGUUUUAUAGGAUACAUGGAGGAAAAAGAGGGAGUGGAAGCCAUAAAAUACCGAAAUGGGUCUCUAUUCAAGAACCAGAAGAUAAGAUGCGAAGCUCUGAAAGAAGACAUUGUUCAAAUGGGCGAGUCUGAAAAAAGGAUGGUCAAAUACUCAAGAAAAAUCUUCAUCAGGAAUGUUCCUAUGGAAGUUAGUGAACAGAUUAUUCAUGACACGUUCAAAGAGUAUGGAGAGAUUGAGGAAGUUGGACUAUUGGAUCUGAAGGAAGGAAAGGGGGCAUAUGUGAAGUUCAGUGAAGGAGAAUGUGCAGUGGAAGCAUAUCGAAGUGUAAAGACCAUUGGGGGAAUGAAGGCAAGGAUGUAUCCGUGGAAGGAUAAGGCGGAGAAAUCCCAGUACGAACACUACAACACAUUGUUCUUCAGCUUUGAGUCGGUCGUGAAAAGGAUAUGCGAAAGUGAAAGGAUUGCUGCCAAAGAUCUUGUUGACAUCAAUGACAAGGACUUAGGUGCCAGGAUGGCCCUUAUUGAAACACACCUAGUCCAAGAAACAAAGGAAUUUCUUGAGAACAAUGGGAUUUAUUUGGACAAUCUUACUGGAGAGAUUGAUAAGAGGACAUUGAUAAUUCGUAACAUGGAGCUUAUGAAGUGUCUAGACCUUGUGGAUAGUGGAUGCAAAAUUAGCAUUGCACCUUCUAAAUGCCUAGCACUUCUUAAAUUUGAAGAAGAAGAAGAGGCUAGGAAAUGCUACAAAAAGCUGAGUCUGAAAAGAAUGAAGGAGAAGGUCAUCUACUGCGAGUAUGCACCUGUGUGCAAUAUUCCAAAGGAUACAAAAGAGGAAAUGCCGAAAGAUUAUUCAAAAAAGGACCGGGCAAUCAAUAAGCUUCUUGUUAGGAAUGUUCCAUUUCAAGCCUCCGAGAAGGAAAUUAGAAAGAUAUUUGAUUCGUUCCAUGUGGUGGAUGUAAGGAUCCCAAUAAAAAGGGAGGGAACUAGUAGAGGGUUCUGCUUUGUGACACUAGGCUCUCCUGACGAGGUUGAUGCAGCCAUUAGGCAUUUUGGAAGCAGUACCCAUCUCUAUGGAAGGCGCCUCGUUCUUGAAAAGGCAAAGUCUUAA